GCCUCCUCGAACGCCGCUACGAAAGGUUUCUCCGGAUCAGCAAACCGUAAUCGUACCUGCAAAUCGCAAUCAUGUCCCACGAAUCCGUCUGGAACUCUCGUCCCCGCACCUACGGAAAGGGAGCCCGCGCCUGCCGUGUCUGCACCCACAAGGCCGGUCUCAUCCGCAAGUAUGGCUUGAACAUCUGCCGUCAAUGCUUCCGUGAGAAGGCCGCCGACAUUGGUUUCGUCAAGCACCGUUAAAGCAAACACCCGAUCUGGCAAUUACCACCUCAUAACGAGCCGAACGAUUCAGGGGUUUCUUUUCACACCACAUGGCAAGGAGUUACGGAGGGAACAGACAGGGAUCUCUACUUUCAGGCAUUUUCGGAGGAAGAGAAGCGUUCAUGGACGGUAUCUGACGAUGGAUUGCGCUGGGAGGAUAAAGAAGAGCCUUUUUUUU